AUGGCGGCGGCGGCGGCGGCGGCGGCCGGGUCAGGCGCGGCGGGCGGCGGGCCCCAUGGCGCCCAGGGCCCGGGCCCCGCUCACGGCGCAAACACCUUUCCUCGGGGGAGGCGGCGGGGCCGGCGAGCGGGCCCGCGGAGCGCCAGGGCCGCCCGGGGAGCGGAGAGGGCGGGGUGGAGGCGCAGGGAGAGGCGGCGGAGGCAGCCCCCGGCGCGCGCGGCGGCCGCGGCGACGCCCCACGCCGCGCUCCGGAGGAAGCCGGCGCGCCCUGAUUGGCCGCUUCUAAUCUCCAGGAGCCCGCCCUCUCGGUCCCGCAGCCUUCCAACUCGGCUCCCUGGCCCCACCCCCCGGCCCUGGGCUCGGGCCCCGCCCCGCUCGGCCCCACAGCGCUCUGAUUGGGCGGCCGCGACGAGCCAGCCCCCCCUGAAGCCUUCUCCUUCCGUCCUCUCCCCUCCCCCCCUCCCCGCCCGCCCCUUUCCCUAGUGGCUCACGAGGAGGGGGACUCUGAUUGUUCGCUUUCCACGUCACUCUUUGUGACGUGCCCAGGUGGGGGCGGGACCCAAGUGCUCUGGCCGUGGCUGCCCCCGCGAGCCGAGGGGCGGGGAGGGUGUUUCUGCGCAGGCGCACGCGGCUCGAGCGCGCACCUGCGGGCGCGCCGGUGCGCGCUUCCGUUUUUGCCCACCUGGGUCGGCUUCUACCGGCCGGGGGACUGGAUGGGAGGCCUCGGGGUGGGAAGUCGAUAGGGCCCCCGAAGGCGGUGGUCGCCGGGUUAGGGCUGAGCGCUCCCUCUCGCAGGGCAGGGGCCGAGGAAAGUCAUCGAGGGAGGGGCCGGCGAUGCCCUAUCCCGCCGCGGGGGUGGUUUCCUGAACCGCGUGGCUGCCGGGCCUUCCCCGCACCGCCCCGGAACGCUCCUCCCCGCGGGCACGGCCCGCCCCCGCCUCUUGGCCCGGCUCCAGGGCCGGGCGGCUCGGUUUCGUCAGGAGAGGCUGAACUUGGGUUCUUUAGGGGCUUUUCAGGGAAAUUAAAUCAUGUAUUUCCUUCUCCAAAGCGCCCUCCUCCCAGUGCUGUCCAGGUUAUCUAUGCAAUGGCAACCUUUUCUCUCUCCCCCACCUUUUGGUGGGAGUGCUCAUUUUAAAGAAUUUGUUAAAAAUAAAGACUUU